GCAAAAAAAAAAAGAGGGAGUCUGAGAUGUUUAUAAGUGUGAAGGUGGAGCCUGCUUGUCAUUCCUUCAGACGCUUGUAAAUCCUUGUGUCAGAUCAUGGACUGCGUGCAGCAGAAAACACACGACCCUUAUGCUACUGUUGAGAGCCGGUGCCAACUGAAGCUGGUCAACUAUGAGGCUCCCGAGAACCACAUUUCCCAUGAGACGGAGGGGCUCAGCAGAAAGCACCUGGUUGUGCGACGAGGGGAACCGUUCAAAAUCACCCUGAUGUUUGGUGACCGGCCGUGGAAUCCUCAUAUCGAGAGCCUGGUCCUGGAGGUUUGGCUAGGGGAUGUGUCAGAGAAUAUCAGAGUCCAGUUCUCCGACGAGUGGUCCGACCCUUUAAGAUGGUCAGCCAAAAUCUACCGAAGCGACAUGCAUCCUCAGUCAGUCACGGUCCACAUCUGCUCCCCGGUCCUUUCCGCAGUGGCUCUUUAUAAACUCCUUCUCCACAUAGAAACCAGACGGACCAGAAGGAGCUACCUAGUGGGAACAUUUGUCCUGCUCUGCAACCCCUGGCUGAAAGACGACCCGGUGUACAUGCCCCUGGGUGUCCAAACACAAGAGUACAUUAAAAGUGACUACGGGAUGCUGUACAUGGGCACUCCUCUCAACAUCAGUAGCCAACCCUGGUCGUUCGGUCAGUAUGAGCCUGGGGUCCUGGAGGCAUGUCUGCAGCUCCUACAGGUCAGCCCACAGCACCUGAGGGACAAAAACGAAGACUACGCUCUGCGAGCAGACCCUGUGUACCUCAGCAGGACGCUCUGCGCUAUGGUAAACUGUAAUGACGACCUGGGGAUUUUGAUGGGGAAGUGGCAGGGCAGCUAUAAAGAUGGCGUCAAGCCUACAGAGUGGAGCAGCAGCGCUGACAUCCUUCACCAAUGGUUCACAUCCAGCUGCAAGCCUGUGCGCUACGGACAGUGCUGGGUCUUUGCUUCUGUCCUCUGCACAGUGAUGAGAGUGCUGGGGAUUCCCUCCAGGGUGGUGACAGUUUUUAACGCAGCCCAUGACGGUGAUGGCAGCUUGUCAGUCGAAGAAUAUUACACGAGCACAGGGGAAAAGCUUAACCUGUCAAAGGACAGCGUUUGGAACUUCCAUGUGUGGGUGGAGUGCUGGAUGAGGAGACCAGACCUCGGCUCUGGGUUUGACGGCUGGCAGGUGGUGGACCCGACACCCCAGGAGAAGAGUGCAGGGAUAUACUGCUGUGGCCCUUGCCCUGUUGUUGCCAUCCAGCAACGUUACCUGGGCGCCUUCUACGACACCGGCUUUAUCAGUGCUUCAGUUGAUGCUGACAUCAUACGUCUGAUUGUGAAUGAUGGACUGGUGGUUGGGAGGACGGUGGACACUGAGGCAGUGGGACAGCUGAUCUACACCAAGAGCAUCGGCUCAGACCGACCAGAGAAUCUGACAGCUGUGUAUAAGAGCAAGAAAAGAGUUCAACCAACAAGAGCUGUAAGAUGCACACCAAGAAGUGAGCGGCAAACUGACACAGUGAUGAUGAACAUGUGCAGUGUGGCGGUUGGUGGCCCGAUGCAGUCCAGCCAACUGCAGGAUGGAGCAGUGGCGUAUUGUAGCUCAAUGCAGUCCAGCCAACUGCAGGAUGGAGCAGUGGCGUAUUGUAGCUCAAUGCAGUCCAGCCAACUGCAGGAUGGAGCAGCAGGGUUUCCAGAAGGAUUGUCACAAGGUUUGGAGGUGUCCCUCAACAUAGAUGGGGUGCCAUCAGUGGGCAACAGUAUCGUCAUGUGUGUGACUCUCACAAACCAGUCAAGCAGCCCCAGAGUCGUGAUGGAACACCUCAACGCUCAGGUCAAAGAAUUUAACGGAAGCCCACAAGAGAGCUUCUGGAAAACACACAAAAAGAUACAUAUAAAGGCCGGGGAAGUUUUGAAGCUUAAGCACACUAUCCCCACCUCUGAGUACGAGGCGUACCUGGCAGGUGAUGACAUUGUGAACGUUGCCGUGGUGAUAAAAGACUUAAAGACCAACGAGAGCAUCCUGGCUGCACAGGAGUUCAACAUAAGUUCACCUCAGAUAGCAAUAGAGAUCGACGGAGGGGACACUAUCAAGCUGAAGGACGAGCACACUGCUCAGGUUUCCUUCAUCAACACGUUUCCCAAAACUCUGAAUGGAGCCGUGCUGACUGUAGAGGGAUCGGGUCUGUUAAAGGGCAAACACCAGGCCAGCCUCGUUUUUCUGAAGCCUGGAGAGAAGAUAGAGAAGCAGGUGUCCAUUGUGGCCUCUUCACCUGGGACGAAAGUACUGAUGGCCACUUUCUCACACAGCAACAGCCCCGGUGUUGUUUCCAGAAACUUCCACAGAGUGUCCGUCAUGACCGACUGACACUGAAGAGGGCAUCCUCCCAAAAGCAUCAACAGCAAGAAACAGAAACAAGCUUUUUUAUUUUUAAUAACUUUGUAAUUGUAACAAACCUUCAACAAAGACGACAUCUACAUCCAUUCUUAACAACGGAUGAAGUUUAACCAUACUUGAUUUUGUGUUUUUAUAAAUGAAUGUUUAAUAUAGGAAAUAAAACACUGUCAUCUGUCUAGUUUAAGUCUUCCACAUUCUAAAACGCUAAAACACUAAACACAGCAUGAUGUGUGUGAAAAUAGGCAGAAAACUCUUUUUUUCAAGCUAUUAUUUCAUCUCGUACAUGUUAUGACCCAGCUUGUUGGGGGGAAAGGGAAGUAACAUAAAACUAGAUUUUUUUGGUACAUUAAAGAUAUGUAUUAACAAAAAGGUAAAAGAAAAUGUGUAUAUGAAACAGUAUAAAGAACACUUCUGUCCUCAUGUGACCUUAAAAUAAAACGUUAUCACAACGAUCGGAUUGAGA